UUAAAAUUAUUUAAAAAGUCAGUCGUUUCCAUUAUUUGACAUUGUUUGUUUAAACACGGUGAGUAGAAUUGGCCGUUUAAUAUUUACCACUUACCAAAACCUUUUACAGCGACUUACAACUUAAAAUUGUGUAGGAAGAUUAUCUGGGAAAAUACGGCACAGAAGAAAUAAUCACAAUGGAAAGUGAAUAUGAGCAAGCUACUUCUACCAAUCUCCCUGUAGUUGAUGAUGUAAUGAUAGAUUUGUAUUAUCGAAGAAAUGUGAAUUUUCUGAUACCAGGUGUUGAAAAUGUGAAAACCGAACGGGAAAGUGUACAACGUAAUAAUGAUUUGAUAGUAAUUAUUCAUUGUUAUAGUGGAGCUCGUGCAACUUACGGCGACGAUGCUGUUGGUUAUGUGCAGUUGAGACGACACGAUGAGAUUUGUACUGUCAAAGCUUUGAUUGCACCAGAACAUAAAGUUCGCCUAAAAGGCUAUGAAGUUUCAGUAAGAAUAAAUGAGUCUGAACAAUGCAUAAUUGACUCAAAGUGUUAUGACUGUGCUGCAAGUGAAGGUGGUUGUAAACAUGGUGUAGCCUUACUGUUCUGGUUAUACAGACGUACCUUGGAGCCUUCAGUGACUUCUGUUGAAUGUUAUUGGAGGAAGUCUACUCUGUCUAAAGUUGGCAGUACUAUAAAAGGGCAAAGAAUGAGAGAGUUGUUUAAUUUUCGGCAAGUUCCUUCUUUACCAACAAAAGGAACGGCAUUUUUGGACAAAGUAAUUUCUACCGCAUUAAAAUCAGAUAGUCAUUCAAUUCUUGCUACGGUGUAUAAGAGUGCAGUGAAUAUUUUGGAGAAAGCUUCGUUGUACCAUUUAUGUCUUUCUUAUAAAAAAACGACUGAUGCACCAAAUGCAGAAGACUUCAUAUCGUUUUGCCAAAAUAAUUUAAAUAGUGAAAUUUGCAAAAGUAUAAAUACUUUAACAAUAUUGCAGUCGCAAUCUAAAGCCUGGUUUGAUGUUAGAUAUGCAAGAAUAACAGCUUCAAAACUGCAUGAAGUUGCUCACUGCAAAACUGUUGAUGGAGCUACAACUGCUGCAGUUCUGGCAGCAUCAAAAUUUAGAGGAACAAAGGCCAUGAAAAGAGGCCUUAACCUUGAAUAA